UAUAUCAUGAACAGUGGGAAGAAACUACUUACUUGUACUUUUUAAUGUUCAUGUGUUAUCAAACUGAUGAAGAGCUUGUCUUCAUGUGCUAUUGUUUUGUCUUUCUGCAGUGCUGUGCUCUCAGGGCCACUACUUUCAAUUCACUGUACAAUAAUCAACAGGGGGGAACUUAGUGCUGCACAGUUUUCAGUGGGACUUUGUCUUAGAAAGGUUCAUGAUCCUUUUGGAGGAUGCAAUCAGUGUUGUUGAGUUGUGUUAUCCAACAAAAAAUAAUAGAAAAACCUCAAAGUCGAAUCAACAGAUCUAAAUCAGUUUUAAUACAACCAGAACAUGAAUGAGACAUCAUGGGAUAUCAUGUUUGUGAGUGUGUGGUAGCCUGUCACAUUCACAGUAGGAACAGAGCAGAACAAGUUCAGCCCCAGUGACAGUAUGUUAAAUCGUCUCAUAUGAGUUUUGGAUUAGAUAUGAGUGAGGGGGAGGAAACCUCAGUGCUGUGGUCCUCCCAUCCUGCUGCAUGAGUAUAAGCCUGCAGGUCGGCUGAGGUAGGUCCCCACAGACAGGAUGCACUCCACAUACUGCUCCUCUGCCAGACCAUCAUCACUCACAGUGUUGUGUGUGCAGCUCAUGUGUCUGGCAGGCUGGCCCCUCUCCUCAGAGGCAGCCAGACUCCGCUGUGGUUCGGAUCUCCUUAGUGACCUCAUAUUUGUGUGCGGUGAUCGUGGGAUAUAUUUAGGUAAAGGAACGUGGUCUGGUUACGGUCCUCGGCCCAGAGGGAAGGGGAUAGUAGAUCAGUGCUGCCGAACAGGUGGCUGUGACCUUCAGCAUCUGGAGAAGUACUGUGCCAAACCAAAGAGCCUGGAACAUACCACCGCUUGGCCAGUCACAACCCCAGCAGCACACACCACGACACAGCUAGAUAUGGCACAGCAGUUCGAAGCAGUAUUUCACAAGAAACUUUUGGAGCACCUCUAUGCUCCCAACAGUCCAAAGAGGGAAGCUUAUAGAAAGAAAAAACAGCCUUCAAUCCAAAGGAACGCCAAAGUGCCCUCAUCAAAAAGGAGGAUUAAACCAGCACAUCCAACAGGCCUACCUCACCCUCUGAGAGAGCGAUGAGAUUUAACUCUUGACCACUGACCUCAUGGAAAUAAGCAUAUCUAUAGUUACUGGAUUGGAAUCAGAGGGACCUUUUGCUGCUCACAAUUGCCUUUUGUUUGUCUCAUGAGAAAUUAUAUCUAAUUGCAACAUGACUAAAUUCCAGAGGUGGGAAGUAAUAAAUUACAAAAACAUUGUUACUGUACUCUUUCAGGUAUCUGUCCUUUACUUGACAAACUUUACUUCUACUUCCUACAGUUCAACACAAAUGUCCGUAGUUUCGGCUUCUUACAUUUUCAAAACACACCAUUACUUUCAUUUUAAUGCAUUUGGUGGGAAUUAUUUGCAAUUUUUUAUAUUUUGCAUCAACGAGCUCCGGCGUCCCAACUUUAAGACUGAUUUCAACCUAAAGGGACAGUAACACAGAGAAGGUUAUUCCUUAUUGUGUAUCUAUCAGUGUAUAUUUCUCACAACACGGCUUAACACGUCUGAAUUUCCCACGGAUUAAUAAAGUAUCAAUAUAUCUAUCUAUCUAUCUAAAAGAAGUAUCGAAAACUGAACAGACAGGAGAGGGAGAUUCAACCGCCAAGAGGCGCAGCAGAGAUAUCUGUGACGAGGAAUCUUUUUUCUAUAUUCAUUUGACACGAUUCUCAGUUUGUUUUGCACAGCUGGUAGAAAAUGUUUUACUUUUAUACUUUGAGUACAUUUCAGAACCUGUACUUUUAUACUUUAAUGUGUAAAGAGGCUAUAAUUUUACUUGAUUCAUUUUCAAUUCAAAUAUCUAUGUGACGUCCUGUCAUUUUAGUUUGUUAAUUUCAGUCUUUGUGUUUUCUACUUCCUGUUUUAUUUUGUAGCUUCACUUUCACUCUGUCUUGUUCCAGCUUCUCGGUGUCUCACUUCCUGUCUUUGAUUGUCGUCCCCAAUCCUCAUGUGUUUCACCUGUGUGUAAUUGCCCCUGCCUUCCUUCUUGUAUUUAAGCCUCUGUGUUUCCCUUUGUCCUCUGUCGGUUUGUACUAGUUGUUUUCUCCCCACGUCGUGAGAAAUGGUUUGUUUGCUCCUGCUGUUUCGUCCAGCUUCUCCUGCUUCCUCGCUCCUUGUUUUCAGUGCGCCUUGUCGCCAGUGUUACUUUUGUUAGUGUUCUUGUUUUGUUUUUGUCUUGUUUAAAACCCUUUUAUUAUAUUAAAUACCUUUUGUUUGAUAACCUCUGCAUCCUGGGUCCAUCUCCUCACUCAAACCGUAACAGAACAAACCGACCAAACUAUGGACCCAGCAGAGGUUAGUUUUUUCGAAAGAGUUUUUUGUUUUGAUAGUUUAUUGACAGAGCUGGAGGUGGGACGCUCAAACCCGUUUGAGGGGAUCCG